GCCACAGGGACUGCGGCUAUGUCUCGUCCCACGACCACUGUCACCGUCGGCGAAGCAGGCAAGCUCAUCUUCUCGCCAUCGUCACUGAACGCUUCUGCUGGCUCAGUCAUCGCGUUCGAUUUCCUUGGACUCAACCAUACACUAACUCAGAGUACCAUCGGGAAUCCAUGCCGCAGCAAUCAGGGGCUUAACACAGGAUUUCAACAAUUUAAUCCGGCUAAUGUGAGCGGGAAGUUUAUUGUCGAGAUCAAGGUCACCGACCAAGACCCGAAAUGGUUCUUCUGCGCGCAAACGGUGAAGCGCUCUCAUUGUCAGGCUGGUAUGGUCUUCAGUUUAAAUCCUCACGGAACGCAUGCUCAGUUUCUUCACAAUGCCCUAGCG